AUGGAAAGUAAUCGUGAAUUGUACGCUGUGUUAAAGGAUAUAAAAAGUGAGAUCAAUCCUGUACUCACUCCCAGAACUGCUGUUCCAGAAGGGUCAUUAAUUGGAAUUCCUGGUUCAAAUCAAGGCAACGACCUUACACUUAAAGGCUGGCCAUUUAUAGGAUUUGAUCAGCUUCGUUCUGGUCUUCUUCAACAGAAAAAACUAUUCAUGCAGUCUCCACAGUCUUUUCACCAGCUCAACAUGUUGACUCUGCAACAGCUCAUGAUGGCUCAACAGAAUCUAAACUCACAAUCUGUCAAUGAAGAGAACAGAAGACUGAAAAUGCUAUCGAACAACAGGAGCAUGAGCCUGAGAAAAGAUGGCCUUGGGAGUUCUGUUGGGGAUUUAAAGAUGGCUCUGUUGCAUCAGCAACAACAUCAGGGUGGUGGAAAUAUACUACAGCCGCAGACACUUAAUCAGCAGGCCCUAUCAAAUCAGCAAUCACAGAGCUCAAAUCACAACAUUCAUCAACAAGAAAAAUUGGGAGGGGUUGGUAGUAUUACAAUGGAUGGUAGCAUGUCAAAUUAUGUAUUAAAGAAUCAGAGUGGGAGUAAAAGAAAGCAACCGGUUUCGUCUUCUGGACCAGCUAAUAGUACAGGAACUGCUAACACCACAGGACCAUCACCAAGCUCAGCACCUUCUACACCUUCGAUUCAAACUCAUGGAGAUACUGUAUCUAUGCCUAAUCUGCCUCAUAGUGGUGGUUCCUCCAAACCAAUGAUUAUGUAUGGCUCUGAAGGAACUGGGACUCUUACAUCUCCAUCAAAUCACUUGGCUGAUAUGGACCGGUUUGUGGAAGAUGGGUCACUUGACGACAACGUUGAGUCUUUUUUAUCCCAUGAAGAUGGUGAUCAAAGGGAUGCCGUUGGAUGGUGUAUGGAUGUUAGUAAAGGCCUUCAAGAAUUCAUAGCCGGCUAUAACACAGACCACCAAACUUCGUCUGGUUUUCAAAACACAUAUGAGUUCUUCGCUUUGAUGUACUACUUGAUACAUCCGAUAUAUGAGCUUUAA